AUGUUCAAGUUUCUGGAAACCUGGACGACUCGGCGCUACGCCUUCUUCGUCAUCUGGUUCCUCCUCCAUGUUAUGCUCUUCAUCUUCGGUGUCCUCCGUGUCAAGCUCGACAAGAACCUCAUCAACCUCAACAAGCCUCUCAACUGGUCGCUCUGGGUAGCCCGUGGAGGAGGCAUGUGUCUUAUCUGGGAUUGUUCUAUCAUCCUCCUCCCCGUCUGUCGUAAUAUUCUCCGCAUCCUCCGCGUCUCCUUCAUCAACAAACUCAUCCCCAUUGACGAGAAUAUCUGGUUCCACAAGAUCACAGCCUACUCUAUCCUCUUCUGCACCAUCGUCCACUCCAUUGGUCACUACAUCAAUUUCUACAAAAUGGACAGACUCUACCGUGAGGACCCUCAGGGUGCGUUCAAGCUCACGGCUGCAGAACUCCUCUACAAAAGUCCCGCCGGCGUCACAGGUCACAUCAUGCUCUUAUCCAUGGUUCUCAUGUACACAACCGCGAAGCAGACCCAGCGUAACAAGUCCUUCGAGUCCUUCUGGUACACCCAUCACCUGGCCUUUGUCAUGCUCGGAGCUCUCAUGUUCCACGGUAUCGGAUGCAUCGUCAGAGAUCAGUAUGGUGUCUGCAGAGGAUAUAAAUCUUAUCGAUACCUCGCCAUCGGAUAUGUCCUAUACGUCAUCGAGCGCGGCAUUCGCUUCUACAGGUCUCGAUUGGAUACUCGUCUGGUCAAGGCGAUUCAGCACCCCGCAGGAGUCAUUGAGCUCCAGAUCCAGAAGCCCUCGUUCAGGUAUAAGCCUGGCCAGUAUAUGUUCAUCAACGUUCCGGACGUGAGCAAGUACCAGUGGCAUCCCUUCACGAUCACUUCUUCGCCCUUUGAGGAUUAUGUCUCGGUCCACAUUCGUCAGGUCGGUGACUGGACCCGGGCUCUUGGAACUCGCAUGGGCGUCGAAAAGGAGGGACGUGGUGACGCAGGAACAGGACAAAGGCGCCAGGCAGCAGUGGCAACGCGUCCCGAGAAGAAAACCGAACUGGUCAACGAGCGUGGCGAGGAGAUCCGUAUUCGCGCAGGAUUCAGUAUGCCCGAGGUCAAGAUCGAUGGACCCUUUGGUGCGCCCACAGAAGAUGUCUUUGACCACGAGAUCGUUGUCCUUGUCGGCUCUGGUAUCGGAGUGACGCCCUUUGCCAGUAUCCUCCGCGACAUCUGGUACCGCGCCAACAACAACAUGCCUCUAAAGACCAAGCGCAUCGAGUUCUAUUGGGUAUGCCGUGACCUCGCCUCACUCAAGUGGUUCCAGUCCCUGCUCUCGACGAUCGAGCAAUCGAUGAUGAAUGUGAAACUGAAGAUCCAUAUUUACUGUACAGCGGUCAUGAAGCCGGACCAACACCACAACAUUGCGCUGCAUCUCCACGACGACUACACAGGAGCAGAUACCAUCACGGGCUUGCAGACCCUGACAAACUUUGGACGACCGAACUUUGGAGCUAUCUUUUCGGAGCUGAGACAGGGCAUUAUGGACGGCACCUACAUGCCUGGAGCGACUCAGGAGCUCGUCGUCGAUGUUGCCGUCUUCUUCUGCGGACCGGGUGUCAUGGCCAAAUCCCUAAGGAGAGAAUCGAGAAUCCAGAGCAAGAACGGUGUCAAGUUUUCUUUCAGAAAGGAACACUUCUAA